UAAAAACCUUUUCCCGACAUUUUUCCUACAAAACCCUGGCUUUCUACACGGAAUUUAGGCAAGAUAGCUUAGCACCGUUUGCGCUACAAGACAACUUGGGGUCAUCUCCUAAUAACUAUAAUGUCUCUGGUAUCACAUCAAGGUCGUUAUAGAAACGCCAAUUGUCCCGCUCUUAAAAGCGUGACUAAUUGAUUUUAGCCAAGCCCUUUUCUCAAUUCCGCGUCAGCAAACAAAGCAAGUUCAAGGUUGGUUCGUUCAGUCGCUAAGUUUACUAUUUAGUCCUAGAAAUGCAGUUAAUGAUUGCUUGACUUUAAAAGGGGUUUUUAAGAGGCUUUGAUUUCAACACGUUUCCAGGGAGUCAUGAUGACGCUGCCAUUGUUUAUCUCUGUUUGUUUGACUGCACAGUUAUUUAUCAUAUAUGUUAACUGUGGAAACAUUUUAGUUUGGCAUACUGAAGGCAGUCAUUGGAUCAACCUCAAGCCAGUAUUGGACACUUUGAUAGACAGAGGACACAGGGUUACAGUGCUGGUGCAGAAUGCUUCUUUAUACAUGGACCCAACUGAAGAGGCUCGCUUCAUCUAUGAACCGUUCAACGUCUCCACCUCAAUCCAAGAGAUGACCUACUUUUUUGAGAAUAUGAUACAUUUUCACAUGCAUGAGAUAGACCAUCUGAGCUACUUGCAGAUCCAUUGGAAGGGAUAUCAUCUUAUGAAAAGUGAGUUCAAAUUUUCCAUUAAGAUCUGUGAUGGAGUGUUAAGAUCAGAGACUAUCAUGGGAAAGCUGAGAAGGCAAAAGUAUGAUGUCAUGUUAGCCGAUCCUAUCUACCCCUGCAGUGAGCUAGUGGCUGAGGUUCUGGGCAUUCCUCUGGUCUACUCCCUGCGUUUCUCUAUUGCUAACAUGUGGGAGAGGCUCUGUGGGCAGAUGCCUGCGCCCCCAUCCUUUGUCCCUGGUGCCAUGGUCAAGUUAACUGACAAAAUGAGCUUUACUGAAAGACUGUGGAACUUCCUCUUCUAUGUGUCCCAGGACAUGAUGGCAUAUGGAUAUUGGCAGGACAUGGAUGCUUACUACAGUGAAAUUCGAGGGAAGCCAUCAACAUAUUGUGAGAUGAUGGGCAAAGCUGACAUAUGGCUGAUCAGGACGUACUGGGACUUUGACUAUCCUCGUCCUUUCUUGCCAAACUUCAAGUUUGUGGGCGGAAUCCACUGCAAGCCAGCCAAACCCUUACCUGCAGACAUGGAGGAAUUUGUGCAAAGCUCUGGAGACUACGGUAUUGUGGUUUUCACCCUGGGAUCCAUGAUCAAAAACCUAACCACAGAGAGGGGAAACAUGAUCGCCUCGGCCUUGGGACAGAUCCCUCAAAAGGUCCUUUGGAGGCUCAGCGGACAAAAACCUGAGACACUGGCCCCGAAUACCAGAGUCUAUGACUGGAUCCCCCAGAAUGACCUGCUGGGACACCCCAAGACUAGAGCUUUCAUCACCCACGGUGGAACCAACGGCAUCUAUGAGGCCAUCUACCACGGGGUCCCCAUGGUGGGGAUUCCAUUGUUUGCUGACCAGCCAGACAACAUGGUUCACAUGAAGACCAAGGGAGCCGCAGUCAUCAUGGACUUCAACACCAUGAAAACCCAGGAUCUUGUAGAUGGACUCAACACUGUGAUCAAUGAGCCGUUGUAUAAGGAGAAUGCAAUGAGGUUGUCCAGAAUCCACCAUGACAGACCCAUGAGUCCCAAAGAUGAGGCAGUGUUCUGGGUAGAGUUCACCAUGAGGAACAAAGGAGCAAAGCAUUUGAGGGUCCAAGCCCAUGACCUCACCUGGUACCAGUACCAUAGCCUGGACGUAUUCACCUUCCUACUGGCCAUCACAAUUUUCCUCACACUCCUCCUCGUCAAAUCAUGCCUCUUCUGUUUCCGAUGGUGCUGUUAUGGAGUAAAGUCUAAACGGAAAACAGAGUGAUCAGUUAAACAUCAGCUAAUUAACUUCACUAAACUGAACUUUUACUUGUCUUAGUGAGCCCUCAACUAAGUAGUUUAUAUGCUGGCAAGAACAUUGUACUCAUCAACCAAUCAAAUUUAAUAUGUACAUUUGUAACAAAGUGCUUACACAGAUACACAGCUUAAAAUCCUAAAGAGAGAGGCGAACAGAAAAGUGUCACAUUUAGGAAAAACUCUGAUGUAAGGUUAGAACCUAGGAAGAGAUCCAGAAAGCACCCAGACUCUGCUGAGUAGCCAGUCCUUUUUUAGCUGUACAUGGUGAUGAUUAUGAGUACAUUAACUAGAGGAUCACAUCAAUAUUGUUUUUGCAUGCAGAUGGCCAGUGGGUCAAUAAAUACAGGCAGGCUGUGGCCAGAGUCUUAAUAGGUGAGGGAGAUAUUUAUCUACAGUAAAUGUAACUAAUUUGGUUAGUACUGGAUGACUGGUCAUUAUCUGGAUGUCACUGUGACAUAAAUUAAAGACAAACUUGUGUGAAGUACAAGUUGUCAAACAGUUUUGGGUUGGGGCGCUUCCCACCGACUGUCCCUAUCAAAUGCCAACAGACUUGCGUCACCAGGCAGCUGUAUCACAUAUCGCUGGCUGAUACUCCAUACUCUAUACGCAAAUUUGUUUCAUCCCAUUAAUGUAGCAAAUUUGUUUCCUCCUUGAUUGUAUUUGAGUAGGAUAGCAGCUGACAGGAGAAAGAAUGUAUAAUAUGUUAACUAUAGCUGUGAGACAGUCCCACAAGCAAGUAUUAUAUAGUGACAUAUAUUUUGAAAAGACAUAUAUUUAAUAUGUGCCUAUAUAUUUUUUUAACAUAUACACGUGUAUUAUAUGUAUUGCUAAUGUAUGGCCAUA